UCAGCAUUUCUUUGACAAAUUUGGAAGGUCUCUGCAUUUCUUGAUUCUAUAGUAAAUUUAAGUGGACAAAAUGCCGUUUAAUUAUCCAGAAGCUAGGAGAGAUGACAGUGUCAGUGAUGACUACAAGGGAAAACAGGUGCCAGAUCCUUACCGUUGGCUCGAAGAUCCUGAUGCUGAUGAGACCAAGUCAUUCGUUGAUGCGCAGAACGCGAUCACUGUACCUUUUGUAAGCUCUUUCUCGGCCAAGGAGAAACUGAAAAAUAGGAUAACAGAGAUGUGGGACUAUCCCAAGUACAGCGCUCCGUUCAAGAGAGGCAAGCGCUAUUUCUAUCAUUACAACACAGGCCUUCAGAAUCAGAGCGUGAUGUAUGUGCAGGACUCUCUGUCCUCUGAACCAAGAGUAUUCCUUGACCCGAAUGAACUCUCAGAUGAUGGCACGACAGCAUUGAGGAGUUCAGCAUUUUCCGAGGAUGGGAAUGUAUUUGCGUAUUGUUUGAGUGAGAAAGGUUCAGACUGGGUCACUGUCAAGUUCAGAGAUGUUGCAACUGGAGAGGAUCUAGCGGACGUUUUGAAAAAUGUCAAGUUCUCCUGCCUUGAUUGGACUCAUGAUCACAAGGGAGUUUUCUACAAUUCAUACCCGGUUGAUGGCAAAGCUGAUGGCUCCGAGACGACCUCUAAUUAUCACCAGAAACUGUACUACCAUCGACUGGGAGAGGACCAGACCGCGGACACGCUUUGUGCCGAGUUUCCUGAUAAUCCGCAAUGGAUGGGUGGAGUUGAGAUCAGCGAUUGUGGUAGCUUCGCCGUUUUAUCCAUCAGUGAAGGCUGCAAACCUGCCAACCGCCUAUAUAUCUGUGAUCUCAACAAGCUAGAAAAUGGAAUAAGUGGCCUGCUUCCUUUCGUAAAGAUAGUUGACGACUUCGAGGCUGAAUAUGAAUAUAUCACUAAUGAAGGGAGUGUUUUGACAUUCAAGACAAACCUGAAUGCACCCAGAUAUAAACUCAUCAACAUUGAUUUAGAAAACCACGAAAUGAGUAACUGGAAGACGUUGAUACCAGAACAUGAAAAGGAUGUGUUAGACUGGUCGGCGUGUGUCAACCAGAAUAAACUUGUGAUGUGUUACAUGCAUGAUGUCAAGAGCUCAUUGUAUCUUCAUGACCUCAAAUCUGGUGAACGUUUGAUGGAAUUCCCUCUCGACGUCGGUUCUGUUGUUGGAUAUUCUGGUCGCAAAAAGGACGACGAGAUAUUUUAUAAAUUUAUGUCAUUCCUAACGCCUGGGAGAAUCUACCGCUGUGAUCUAAGUAAAGGGAAACUGGAGCCAGAGGUUUUCCGAGACAUCGAAGUGAAAGGUUUUGAUGCGUCCAAGUUUGAAACGUCCCAGGUUUUCUACAAGAGUAAAGAUGGCACAAGUAUACCCAUGUUCAUUGUCCACAGAAAGGGUAUCACGUUAAACGGCAGCAACCCGGUCCUUCUUUACGGAUAUGGCGGCUUUAACAUAGCUAUCACUCCAUCGUUCAGCGUAACCAGGAUUACAUUCAUGCAGAAUCUCGGAGGGAUCGUGUGUGUGGCUAAUAUUAGAGGAGGAGGCGAAUAUGGAGAAAACUGGCACAAAGCAGGAAUCGAGGAAAACAAACAAAACGUCUUUGACGACUUCUGUGCUGCAGCUGAGUACCUUGUAGCGGAGAAAUAUACAAAGCCCGAGCUGAUAAGCAUCAUGGGUGGUUCAAACGGUGGCUUACUCGUCGGGGCCUGUGCCAAUCAGAGACCAGAUUUAUUCGGAUGUGUCAUUUCACAAGUUGGGGUGAUGGACAUGCUUCGAUUCAACAAGUUCACAAUUGGUCAUGCCUGGACGACAGACUUUGGCAACCCAGAUGAGGAUGGCUUUGAAUACAUCUACAAAUAUUCUCCCCUCCACAAUAUACGCCUACCCGAAGGAGAUGGCGUCCAGUACCCUUCGACCCUUCUCCUUACCGCUGAUCACGACGAUCGCGUUGUACCUCUACAUUCCCUGAAGUUUAUUGCUCAAUUACAACAUGUGUUCAGGAAUUCGCCCAGUCAGCAAAAUCCUUUGAUGAUCAGGGUCGAUACUAAAGCAGGCCAUGGCAUGGGGAAGCCCACUGCCAAAGUGAUUGAAGAAGCUACCGAGACGUACAGCUUCAUCGCCUUGGCUUGCGGACUUUCAUGGAUGGAAGACGCCCCAGUCGCAUGACGUGUCCUCCUGCUUUAAAGAAUCACACUCUUCACCUUGUAGUGUGACAGUCUCUGAUUAAAUCAGGUGCAUGUCCAAUGUAGGAAAAGGGAGAAAGUCUGACAUGUGUCUGAAUGACCCAGAGUUUGUCACAUAUGCGCUUGCCAACGAUUGUGCCUUGUAUCUGAUGACCGCCAAAGUAAUACUGUCAACAGCCUUUUUGAAAAAAAGAUUUUGGUAAUUUUGGGUGGAAACCAUGUUGGAUGGAAAGUACAUGAAAACCAAUUAUUGAUAUUGUCAGACUAUUAUUGUUAGGUUCCAACAAUGCUACUCUGUCAAACUAUUAUUGUUAGGUUCCAUCAAUGCUACUC